AUGAAUCAAGAGGAGGAUCCCGUCAAUUUACAGAUUUUCGUGCCAGAGCUCAACGUUCGGAUUUUGGAAAGUUCCAUUAACGUAUUUAUCUUAUUCCAGAAGUUCCUUGCGGUGACCCAGAAUGAUUUCAUCUGGGAUGUCAAACGAAAAUUGCUUGCCACUCUACCUCAAGCUCUUCCGCAAGCCUUCAAUUAUGGCUUAUUUCUACCUCCAUGUGAUGGACGAGCCGGAAAGUUUCUACUCGAGGAUCGAACAAUUCGUGAUUAUCCAUUUACGGAUUGUGUUCCGUAUCUAGAGUUAAAAUACAAGAAACGUGUGUACAAAAUGCUCAAUCUUGAUGAGAAACAACUGAAGGCAAUGCAUACGAAGGGCCAACUCAAAAAGUUUAUGGACUACGUUCAGCAGAAGAAUAACGAGAAAGUGGAGAAGAUGUGUACACAAGGUCUUGAUGCGAACUUCCAUGAUUCUCAGGGAGAGACUCCAUUAACACUUGCUGCUGGGAUACCAAGCAACCGAGCUGUAAUUGUGUCCUUGAUCGGAGGAGGUGCCCAUAUCGAUUUCCGGAAUUCCGAAGGUCAGACAGCAAUGCACAAAGCCGCAUUUCUCUCUUCUUUUGAGAAUGUGAAAACUCUUAUCGAGUUAGGAGCAAGUCCGAAUUAUCGAGAUCCCAUUGGGCUGACUCCUCUUUAUUAUAACAUGUUGACUGCCGAUUCAAACGAUCAAGUAGCAGAACUUUUGCUACGAGAAGCAGCUGAUAUCGGAGUUACCGAUAUGCAUGGAAACCAUGAGAUUCAUCAGGCAUGCAAGAACGGAUUGACGAAACAUGUGGAGCAUCUUCUCUAUUUUGGAGCUCAGAUUGAUGCCGAAAAUGUUAAUGGAAACACCCCUCUUCAUGUCUGUGCUGUCAACAAUCGACCUGAAUGUGCUAGAGUUUUGUUAUUCCGAGGAGCUGAUCAUCUGACUGUGAAUAAGCAGGGACAAACAGCGUUACAUGUGGCACAUAUCGUGGGGAAUCCAGCUGUGGCUGAUGUUGUGCAAGCUCAUAACCCAAGCUCUUCAGUCCCCUAUCGUGGUACUCCUCAAUACUCUACCCGAAGACGAUUGAGUUCCACAAUCACCAGAAGACGGUCAAUGUCACAAUCGUCUAUAUGCAGUCAAGAUGUCUACCGUACUCCUCAGAGUAUCCGAAAAACUCCGAUGUCUGCUGCACCAUCACCCAGUCCAUCACGCUCUUCUAGAACCACAGUCACUCCAUCCGAAUAUGGAACUAUGAGGAGGUCAGGAAUGGAUUCAAUGAGAUCAAUGAUUGCUGCUGGGCACGAGACUAAUAUAGCACGGAUUCUGGUGAUUCCUAGAGGUGUCAAAGGAUUCGGUUUCAUUUUAAGAGGAGCUAAACACGUCGCAAUGCCCCUGAACUUCGAACCAACUGCCCAAGUACCAGCUCUUCAAUUCUUUGAAGGUGUUGACAUGUCUGGAAUGGCAGUUCGAGCAGGGCUCAGGCCUGGAGAUUACUUACUGGAAAUCGAUGGAAUCGAUGUGAGGAGAUGCUCCCACGAUGAAGUGGUUGAACUUAUCCAGCAAGCCGGAGACACAAUCACUUUGAAAGUGAUUACUGUAGAAGUGGCAGAAAUGAGUCGAGGAGGAACUAUCGUGCAUCGACCACCAACAGGUAAGAAGCACGUACUGAAUGAAUUCUAUUAUUACACGCAUGAUGCGCAUGGAGUUGAUUACUAUGCGCCAAAUGACAUCAGGAACGCCUAUUCGGAAUCGAGACAUGCGUCGGUUAGGCAGAGGCCGGGCAGUGGAAGAAGGAUCUCUGCUGCGGAGCUUGAGAAUCUGAUGGUCCGACAAAGAGUACCAUCUGUGACAGGGACACCUACAUAUCAAAUGCAAUACGAUCAGGAAUCAUUGAAUGGAGGAUAUUCGUCGAAGAAAUAUAAUUCAGUGUCAGAUAUGAAAAGGAGGAAAGGACAGAGAAACGUCGUAGCAUCUUCAGCUGGGUUGAAUAGAUCCACCUUUGAACCAUCGUUUCAGCCCGCCACUUCAUCAUUCGAAUACAACUGUAGCAGUCGAAGUACCCCACAACUGUCUCACAUGGAUUCAUUCGAUUCAUUCGAUGACGAAGACGAUCUUCCAGCUCCACCACCUGCUUCCUAUCAAGCAUCGGAUCUUUCAAGAGACUCUUCAAUAACUAGAAGUGAAUACUCUCGGCCGUUCCGACCAACAUCUCGACCUAAAACUCCUCCACCACCUCCUCCGAUGCAACAUCAACAUCAGCAACAAUACCAACAACAAAGUCAUCCAACUCUAGCAAGAUCCGCAUCUCAACCUCAACAAGUUCAUAUCCAACCGCAACAAUCUUCCAUUCCACCCCCGCCUCCACCACCUCCGCCACCACAAUGUGAACCAACUAUGGUACAAGUAGAGUUCACACCACCAUCAACAUCUUCUGUACCUCCUCCACCACCCCCACCACUUCCUCCGAUCUCUAGUGGUGCACCACCUCCGCCUCCUCCACCUCCACCUGGUGGAUUGAUGCAUGUGGCUGCUAGUGCUCCAGUAUUAACGAGCAACUCGAAGGGAAUAUCAGCGGAUGCUCUGAAAUCGGUACAGUUGAAGAAGGCAGAACCACGAGAAUCAUCAUCAGCGGCUUCCAUGAAUAAUAACAACAACAACAAGGAUUCAACGACAGACUUCCAAAUGGAUUUGAAAAAUGCCUUGGCAAAGAGACGGAGUAAAGUAGCACAUGAUGUGGAUGAGGAUGAGGAGAGAGAAAGUCGAUUUGAAGGGUUAUCUCUUCGAGAGACGGUUCGAGAAAAUGUAGUGGAACGUGGAAAAGGGAUUCAGAAUAUUGGAAUAGUAAAUAAGAAGGACAGCGGGUAUACUUCUUCCCGGACGUCAUUGGAGCCGUCCGAGUCGGAAGAGAAGGAUCAUCGUCCCCAUUUUUCACUGGAUCAUUCUCCGAAUGUACAAAGAGUUACAUUGAUCUCUCAACAUCUCGAGGAUAAUUACGGACAGAAAGAUAACAUGUCUGUCGCAUCGGCAUCAACAGCGUCGACGUCUUCAACCGUCGACUUGACAAAGCCAGGAUGUUUCGUAGUCCCGUCUCACGUCAUUCCACCUGUCGAUUACGACGAUGAUCCGGAUUCUGGAACUGGGGACAGCGACGGAGAGAUUCGCUGUAGUGAAAUAUCAUCAUUCGAACAUAAGAAGGUAGACGUCUGGACGGUUGAAGACGUCAUUGGUUGGCUUUCCUCUCUUCAUUUAUCCGAAUAUUCUCCAGCAUUCCGAAAUCAACGAAUCGACGGUCGUUGUCUUCGACAAUGCGAUCGCUCUCGAUUCACUCAACUCGGCGUCACUCGAAUUGCUCAUCGUCAAAUCAUUGAAGCUGCUCUUCGUGGUAUUCUUCAAUGA